CCUUGUCCUUUUUUGGCUCUACAUAUUCUCAAGUCAAGUGUAUUAAUUAAAGAGGGGGUAAUUAUUGGGAUUGACACACAUACAAAACAAAAACCAAAGCUUUCCAAUUGGUUUGACAUAUUGAUAUUAUAAAUGGGUCCGAGGCUCAGUGAAAGGGGCCAGGGCAGUUGUGUUUAAGCUUGGAAGAUCUGUGCUGUGCAUGAAGAUUAGUGAGAAAAAACAAAAGACCAGUAAUCCAAAUGAUUAAAUUUGGGUUUAGUGUAGUGUAGGGUCCAUGGUUUGAUCGCAGCUGAAGCAGGCAUCAAUCACUCUACAAGCGUAGACUUCACAAAUAUUUGUAAUAAUAUCACCUCCAGCCUCAGCCUGAGGCUGAUGGCGCCACCUAAAUAUUCUUAAAACCAUAUUAUUAAGUUCAGCUUGAGCCUCGAGGAGUACCCUUUCUUCAAUUUGAAGCAGAAUCAUUUCAUUUCAAUGGAAAAUCAGAGAGUAUUAUUAAGUUGUUGAUGGGGUUCUGUUUCGUACCUGUACUUAUCUCCUCUGUAACUGCAAGUGAUGUGAACUUAUAUUCUUGACAGGUCUCGGUGCUGUACGAUGGCAAUGGCAAUAGCUUUGGUUUCCUUUUCUUUUUCCUUUGUUUCCUGCGCUUUAAAUCUUUGCUUUUUUCGUGCCUGACCUCCAUUUCCGGUAAUAUAAGAUAUAGUCAAAGUUUGCGAUUUGCUUUUCGCAAAGAAAUUCUGCUCUUUUAAUCGCUUUUUCCCUUUUAAACCUUUUUCUAAUUCCUCUGUUUUCCUUCGCCAAUCACCAAAUCUUCCACUUCUAUGCUCCAUUUUGGAACCCAGCCCUUUUGAGUUCAACAUAACUGUGUUUUGGGCGUGUGGGUGUGUGUUUUUUCUUUCUUAUGGAAGCGAUCAAACCCAAAUCAUCUGUGAAGAGCAAGACGAGAUUCGCCAGGACUUUUCAGAAGGUAAUCAAUCUCAGGAACGCAACUCGGAUCGCGUCAAGUAAUGGCAUCUGCGUUCUGGCUUCCCAUGACAAGUUCAAAGAAGAUUCGAGUGUCCAUGGAGGAAAAUCCCAAAUCUUUGACAGGACUGAAGAAGAUGUCAAAGCUCGAAACAGGGCAGUCAUGGAAGCUCUGGUUGCGAAGCUUUUUGCGAGCGUUACUUCAAUUAAAGCAGCCUACGCCGAGCUCCAAAUGGCACAGAGUCCUUACAACAGCGACGCGAUUCAAGCUGCAGACCAGGCGGUGGUAGACGAAUUGAAGAACAUUUCAGAGUUGAAACGGAGCUUCUUGAAGAAAGAACUCGAUCUCUCACCCCAAGUGACAUUAAUGCUAUCAGAGAUUCAGGAACAGCAGAGUUUGAUGAAAACCUACGAGAUAAUGAUUAAGAAAUUGCAGGCUGAAUCGGAGCAGAAGGAUACCGGCAUUGCCUCGUUGAAGAAAAAGCUUGGCGAAUCGGUUUCGUUCAACAAGUCAUUGGAGAAGAAGCUAACGGCAAGCGGUUCGUUAUCCAUGUUCGAUAAUCUUCAAUUUCCUCUGCUGAAUCCAACCCAUUUUGCCCAAUUCCUCCACUAUACUCUAAGAUCCAUCAGAAAUUUCGUGAAAUUGAUGAUUCGCGAAAUGGAAUCCGCAAGCUGGAACCUCGACGCGGCCGUCCAAUGUAUCGUCGAUUCCGAUACCAUAUUCCCGGAGCCGACACAUCGGAGCUUCGCUUUCGAAUCGUUCGUCUGCAAAACCAUGUUCGAGGGCUUCACUACCGACCCGAGUUUCAUACUCCAAAAUGACUCUCUACCACUCGGAAAGCAACAAAACCACCUCAUGUUCGAUAAAUUCAAGAAGCUCAAACCAUUAAACCCUAAAAUCUUCCUCUCUCAAAACCCUAACUCUUCCUUCGCAAAAUUCACCCGGUCCAAAUACCUCCACCUCGUCCACGCGAAAAUGGAGUGCUCUCUGUUCGGUAAUCUCAACCAGAGGAAAAUUAUGAGUGCCGGGCGUGUCCCCGAUACGGCGUUCUUCGCUGCCUUCGCCGAGAUGUCGAAGCGCGUGUGGCUCCUCCGGUGCUUGGCAUUUUCACUGAACGACGACGUCACGAUCUUCCAAGUGAGGAAGAACAGCAGAUUCUCCGAAGUUUACAUGCAAUGCGUUACCGAAGAGACGUUGUUUUCGCCGGCCGAUAUGAACGAUUCCACCAUAGGAUCCGGAUCCGAGCCUCGGGUCCGGUUCACCGUCGUUCCGGGUUUCAAGAUUGGACACACGGUGGUACAGAGUAGGGUUUAUUUAUCGCCGCCGAGUCGCUAAAUUCCACGGCGGCUCGUAAGGAUGGAAGGAGAAUGUUCGGCCAAUGUCAGCCGUUGGAUGCUUAGCUUCCACGACCGUUAGAUCAAAAUCGAUGAGAAGACGCAGAUUACUCGGCGUAGUAGUACUGUAUAAACUAUUUCCAAUUUUUUUUCCAAUGAAUUGUAUAAAUAUUUGUAUUAUACAGUCACACUUAUCCUAUAAUAUAUGGGUUACUGAACAAUUUA